AUGUUUACGUAUGCUUAUCCACAAUUAGUAUGCUAUCCAUCAUAUUUCAAAUACCAAUUAAAAUCAAUAAUAGUCAGCACUGAAAAACAAGAAGACAAUAAUCAUUACUACAUAUUUGCAACAUAUGGUGAACAAUUUUAUCGUUGUGACGAUUCAUUAAUCGAACCAGUUGAUAAAGCACUAGUUUUUGAAAGAAAAAAUCUGACUACAAUUGCUAUGUAUGUUCGUGAACAAAAUAAGAAUGCUAAUUUUGCUGCAACAAUCGGUCAAAUUUUAUUCGAAACAGGCAAGUAUAAUGUGAUCAGCUAUGGUGAAAAUUCUCAUGUCAGAAUGAUGUUUGAUGCUGCACUUGAGUAUAUUUCUGGUAACACCAAAUUACUCUCUUGGAGUUAUGGUGCAGUUUACACGUGUUUACAAUGUAAAGACGAAAACCACGUAUUUGGCAGAGAUUGUAUUUUAUUUUCUAAUGACAAGCACGUAUCAAAAAGCGCUGAAAUCUCUCUUGAUGAUACUCUUCUACAAACAAAGCUUGCUCCAAAAAUUCGAUGCCGACAACACUGUGAAGGAUAUACUUUUACAAGAAAUGCGAAUUACUCUAUUCUUGAAAUACCUACAUUUGUUUUUGUUACUUUUACUGUUAAUUCGGCCAAAAAUUCUACAAAAUCGUCAACAACUGAUAAAUCAAAUGAGAGUUUUCACAAACAAAUCUAUGUCACAUGUGAUCUGACACAAAGUUGUUUCAAUUAUGAUUUAUAUUGCUUUAUCGUCGUUACUAAAGAUGAUCGAACAUUAUUUGUAAAGCUGAUAUCAAAUAAUGAAUACUCAGUAUAUAACAAUGAUACAAAAGCGUACGAACCUCUUCUAGGUUAUCAUUUCAAUAAUUUUAUUAUAGCAUCAGCUACUAAUAUCGUACUUUGCUAUAAAACCAAUGAUGAUCUUGAUCUAUUUCCAACAUUUCAACCUAUUACACUGGAUAUACACGAUUGGAAAGAAAAAAACAAUUUAUAUUCUUUCAUUUUAGCCGAUGCAUUCAAUACGUACAUGUACCAUCGCGAUAAACCAUUUAAAAUGGGACCGUAUGAAUUGAAUCCAACAGACAUAUUUAAUUUGAUCGAACCAAAAUACGAAUUGAAUGAUCAACUACUGAAUGCUCAUCUAUACAAGACGACGACGCUCACGACUGGCAUCGUUCUUUUUGAUUCAGUAUCAUUUUUAAAGUACUGUUUAUGUGGAUUUCGAACAACAGCAGAAAUAAUAGAUACACAAUGGUUUAAUAAUGAUAUUGUAUUAGUACCUAUUCAUAACUCCCGUCAUUGGAUUUUAUUUAUAAUUGAUAUAAAAAAGAAAACAAUAGUAUUUCUAGAUUCUUUGCCGUCUAACUCGAGUCCGUACGAAAAUAUAAACAUUAUAUUGUUCAAUUACUUCGAACACACCAUUUUUAUUCAAAGAAAUCUUCUAUCAAUUUUGCCAACUGGAAAGUAG